AUGUGGCCCUCAUUGGUGAUCGUGCACGGAAAGCCUCGACAUCCCCAAAGCCAAGGUUCUGUAGAGAGGGCGAACUGUGACAUUAAAGACAUUCUAGUUGCUUGGCUUGGAGACAAUGACACCAGUGAUUGGACUGUAGGACUUAAGUUCGUCCAGUUUCAGAAGAAUUCAAGUCUCCACAGUGGUAUCAAAACCUCACAAUUUGCAGCUCUCUUCGGAUCUGAUGCUCGGACUGGCCUUGCAUCUUCAACCCUCCCACAUGAAGUUCUUCAGCGACUGCAGUCAGAAGAUGAUCUACUUUCGGCCAUUGAAUCUCCUGUUUCCAAUGCUGACAAGUCAUUAGAAGAGCCCACUCCAUCAUCCAGUGACGCGUCAGAAUUUAUCUACUCAAACAUCGCCCGCCUCCCAGGAAGAUCAAGUAGCAGCACAACUUAA